UUAAUUUUUUUCAGGAUACAAUAUUUAAUUCUUCCAUGGAAGAAGUCAGAGUGGACUUUUAGGUGAGUUAAUCCAUCUCAUUAUUCUUUUAUAGGGAAGAAUAUAUUGGGGAAAAUAUCUGAUCAGAUAUCAUUCAGCCUAAGGUGAUGUUCCUGUAUCCUCAGUCAGCCCUGUGGUCUUUCAUUGAAGGUACUAGGUCUGGAGUAUGCAGCCACAGAUGGGGCCUUCUUUUUACAAUCACACUAAUCCCCAGGAUAUAUGGUAUGUCCUGAUAGGAGUCCCAGGACUGGAAGAGGCACACACUUGGAUCUCCAUCCCUAUCUGUUUCACAUACAUUGUGGCUGUCAUAGGCAAUAUCUUCCUAAUCUUUUUAAUCAUGACUCAGACCAGUCUGCAUGAGCCCAUGUAUCUCUUCCUUUCCAUGCUGGCCUUCGCAGAUGUCCUGCUUUCCACCACAACAGCCCCCAAGAUGCUAGCAAUCUUCUGGUUCCAUUCUGUGAAUAUAUCCUUUGGUAGCUGUAUAUCACAGAUGUUCUUCAUACAUUUCAUCUUUGUGGCAGAAUCUGCUAUUCUCCUGGCCAUGGCAUUUGACCGCUAUGUGGCCAUCUGUUACCCACUGAGAUAUACCACAAUCCUAACCUCCUCAGCCAUUGGAAAAAUUGGCAUAGCAGCUGUGGUCAGGAGCUUUCUCAUAUGCUUUCCAUUCAUUUUCCUGGUAUACCGACUUACAUAUUGUGGGAGAAACAUCAUUCCCCAUUCCUACUGUGAGCACAUGGGCAUUGCCAGAUUGGCAUGUGACAAUAUCAACAUCAACAUCAUUUAUGGCCUUACUGUGGCUCUGAUCUCUACAGGACUGGAUGUGGUGCUCAUCAUUAUUUCCUACACAAUGAUCCUUCUCACAGUGUUUCAGAGACCUUCUUGGGCGGCCAGAGGCAAGGCCCUUAGCACAUGUGGUUCCCAUAUUUGCGUCAUACUUAUGUUCUAUGCUCCAGCCUUCUUUUCUUUUUUUGUCCAUCGCUUUGGGGGUAAAACCAUCUCUCACCAUAUUCACAUUCUAGUUGCCAAUCUCUAUGUGGUGGUGCCCCCUAUGCUCAACCCCAUUAUUUAUGGGGUGAAGACCAAACAGAUUAAAGACCGAGUAAUUUUGCUUUUCUCCCCCAUCAGCACAUGCUUUUAAAAUAAAGAAUACAUCAAAAAUUAAGAAUUGAGUUAUUACCAUGUGACCCAGUAAACCUUAUUCUGCAUAUAUAUCCCCCCAAAUUGAAAAUGUUUAUUUCAUUUAUUCAUAAAAAUAUAUG